GAAGAAGAAGAGAGGUUGGUGAGUGGAGAUCAGAAGUCUAUGAAGGAGGGUUGUCCUCUGUAUUCCCGGGAUUCCACCCAGGAAGAUCACACCUAUAAAGAGAAUGAUCAGAGUGAAGAACGGAAAGACAUCAAAGUUGAGGUUAAAGAAGAAGAAGAAGAGAGGUUGGUGAGUGGAGAUCAGCAGUCUAUGGAGGAGGGGGAGAUGAUUAUGGAAAGUAAACAGGAGGAAUCUUCUCUACAUCUGGACACAAAUGGACGCUUUGUUCCAAAAACCUCAGAGGGAGAUCCAAUUUUAUCUCCAGGUUUCAAGUCAGAAGAUCAAUGUUUUCCAGGAGAAGAUCCCAUUAUUCCAACCACACAUCAAAGACCUUCCAAUCAGGAGCGAUCUAAUCCUGAGGGGUCUUCUGAUAAAUUCCAUACUAUGACCUCAGAUGUCCAUCUAAGAUCAAUGGGUCCUUCUAAUCCUGAGGAACCUUCUUAUAAAUCCAAUUCAAUGACAUCAGAUGUCCAUCUAAGAUCAAUAGGUCCUUCUAAUCCUGAGGAAUCUUCUGAUGAAUUCUAUACUAUGACAUCAGAUGUCCAUCUAAGAUCAAUGGGUCCUUCUAAUCCUGAGGAACCUUCCGAUAAAUCCCAUACUAUGACAUUAGAUGUCCAUCUAAGUUUAACAAGCCCUUCCAAUCCUGAGGAACCUUCUUAUCUAUCCCAUACUAUGUCAUCACAUAUCCAACUGAGAUCACACAAUACGGAUCCAUCAACACAUCCAUCUAAUCCCGAUGAGUCUUCUUUAUGUGGUGGAAGUCAAACAAGAGAGAGUUUAUUGUCCUCUCUAGACUGUGAGAAAUCUUCUACUAAUAACAAAGCCCCACCUACACAGGGGAGAAGUCACACGGGUGAGCGUCCCUUUCCAUGCUCAGAGUGCGGCAAAUGUUUCAUCGACAUAGGAACGCUUCACAGACACCAGAGAAUUCACACGGGUGAGCGUCCUUUUUCAUGUUCAGAGUGCGGGAAAGGUUUCACUCAGAAAGCAAACCUUGUUAAACACCAGAGAAUCCACACCGGGGAGCGUCCUUUUUCUUGUUCAGAGUGCAGGAAGUGUUUCACCAUGAAACAAUACCUCCUUGAACACCAGAAAAAAAUCCACACGGGCGAGCGUCCUUUUUCUUGUUCGGAGUGCGGGAAAUGUUUCACUACAAAUCAAUACCUUCUUAUACACCAGAGAACUCACACCGGUGAUCGUCCCUUCUCGUGUUCAGAGUGUGGGAAAAGUUUCACUCUGAAACAAAAGCUUCUUGUACACCAGAGAAUUCACACGGGCGAACGUCCUUAUCCUUGUUCAGAGUGCGGCAACUGUUUCGCUUCAAAAAGAGACUUGGUUCACCACCAGAGAAUUCACACGGGUGAACGCCCUUUUUCAUGUUCAGAGUGCGGGAAAAGCUUCACUUUAAAGCAAAAACUUCUCGUACACCAGAGAAUUCACACAGUUGAGCGGGCUUUUUCGUGUUCGGAGUGCGGGAAAUGUUUCACUACAAAAAGAUACCUUGUUCAACACCAAAGAGUUCACACGGGGGAGCGCCCUUUUUCGUGUUCGGAGUGCGGGAAAUGUUUCACUGUGAAAAUAAGCCUUCUUAGACACCAGAGAAGUCACCUUGGUGAUUAUCUUUCUCAUGUUCAGAGUGUGGGAAAUGCUUUACAGUCAAAGGAAAUGUAAUUGGGUAUCAAAGAAUUUGCACAAGGAUUCGCAGAAUGAUUAUUUAAAGGGGAACAUCCCGGGAAAAGUUCUAUUUUCUUUACAGGUGGAGUCUGCCAAGUUGAGUCUUCUACUAGCUUCUUCCUUUUCUUGGAGACUCCAUCUUCUGAAAGUCCCGGGUCUCAUUCUGGUCAAGUUGGGUUGUCCCCAUUUCCCAUUCCAUAGUUUGGAAAUGUGGUCACCCUACGUGACAGUGUGUAUGCAAGACAGCUUGAAUGGAAUUCCGUCAAAAAAAUCAGUCGAAAUUCCGAUCGUGUGUUCGGGGCAUUACUCUGAUUUUUUUUUUGUGGGAGCCCCCCCAUUAACAUCCCUAUUAGACCCUCCUCUAGAAUAAGGGUCUGGUCUAGAUGAAGAGAAUCCCUGGCCAUGCAAAUAAAGGAGCUUAGGCUGUUGCACUUCAUCAUCAUUCCAUCGAUGGUGCCACCAAUUCAUAAUUCUGAAUAAACGUAAUAAAGUUUUACUCCAAUUUAUACUAAAUAUGAUUUUGGUUGGAUUCAGUUUGUAAAUCCGUUUUUUGAUCUCAUAAAAAAUUUCAUAAAAAAGAAAGCUCUUCACUUUA